UUAAAAAAAAAAAAAAAAAAAAAGAAAAAAGAAAACAAAAAUCCCCUUGUACGAAGUUAGAAUCAUUUGAAUGAAACGCGUCUUGAAGUUAUGCGCGAUCGAUCGAAAUUAUAGUGGGAAGAUAGCGGCAAAAGAAAUUGUAGCGCGAGCCACUUCAGACGUGACAACUUUGGCAGAGGUGUAAAUUAUUCAUUGCGGCCGUUUGAGAAGAGAGAUUAUUAAGGGAACCGCACAAACUGUCUACGAUGACGAUCAUAAACUGCACAAUACAUGGGCCUGGUAAAUGGCGUUUAUAGCUGGCCUUCCGUGAAAGCACUCUACUUUUCUGUUUUCUCUAUGAACCUGGCCGGGCUGAUAGCCCUCGCUUUUGCCAUCCUCUGGGCCGUACGAUUCGAAAGAGGCUUUGGCGAUUAUCUGAACCUCAUCACUCCAGGUGACGGUCACGUAUGGACCGGAAUAAUACUCUCCACCGUCUUGUGCUGUUCUCCUGCCUAUAUCCUGGGAAUCAAAUGUUGGUUGUGCUUGAAAUUAGAACCAACGAGGACCGAUCUGGAGGAUCGACAUAAAGUCGACGAUACGGUGGAUCCUCAAGAUAUAAAUCGACUUUUUUACUUCCACGUGGUUGCCUGUUUACUAUCGGGAUUUUUGGUAGCGAUUUUAAAUGCGACUUAUUUGAUUCUGUUGAGCGGGUUCCAGCAAAAAAGUCGCUAUGGCUUGAUAGAAGCUAUUGAGAAAUACGGUAUUGAUAUUGCCGUAAAGGCGAGGGUGGACGCUGUUCAAACUGAACUAGAAUGUUGCGGAGAUAACAAUUACGAAGAUUGGUUCCGAAUUCCGUGGCUUAAACUAUCGAUGGAGGGACCAAAGGAUGUGCAGAAAGGUCCUCGACUGGAAGGGCAAUCAGCACCAGAGGAGCAAGAGGAAGAAACUUCCACGCCCGUGGACGUACCUUUUUCUUGUUGUUCCAAUGACAUUCCUAAACCUUGUAUUCAUCACGACAUUUUGAACCCGAGUGCCGUGUACGAUUACAAUCCUAAACAUUUGACCAUUAGUACCAGUGGGUGUAGAACGAAGAUUAUAAAUCGAGGUGAUGUUAUUCGAAUAUUCUUGACAGGAUACCUUGUUCUUUUACUUGUUUAUCAGAUAAUUUUAUCGAUUUUCUCACGAUUAUUGCAAACUGCUCAUAGCAACGAAAUGUACAUAGGACCUCAAAAGACUCGUUACUACGUCUGGAUAUUCUUUAAGCCGGAAGAUUUUCCUGAAAGCGGGGUAAAAAGCAAACUACGGUUGCAAAGAAAACGAUCGAGAAGUAAGAUUUCCACUACGUUCUCUAAAAGUUCGGACGAGGAAGAAAUAAGUAUGCGGCGUCCAAAAAAUAGGAAGAGUAGUAUGAAAGUUUUAACGAAAAUUCGUUCGAAAAUCUCCUCGGUUAAAUCAAAAAGCGUACCUGUUAUUAAAUCUACUUUAUCCUCGAAGAAUUUUCGAAGUAAGAAAAAAAUUACUCAUCAUCAUCAGUUGGAAGAUAUAGAUAAAGACGAAGAGGAGAAACCGGACGAAGAGAGAAAACUUCUUUCCAAAACGACUAGAUCUGAGAUUGUUAUGCUGAAAAAUCAUCUCUCAAUUUUUUCUUUAUUGUCGGAUGAUUCCUCCACGUUAAAUUUGCCGCCUCCACCGCCGCCGCCGCCAUUAUCUCCGUUUAUACCUAUCCUUGACGUGGAAAAUGAAAGUAAACAAACCAUCAACAUCGUUGAAAAUGUAAGCGAACAAAUCACUAAGAUCGUAGAGGAUGAAAGUGAACAAGUCAUUGAGAUCGUAGGAAGCGAAAGCAAACAAAUCGCUAAGAUCGUGAAAAAUGAAAACGAAGAAGAAAUCGCUAAGGUCGUAAGUGAUAAAAGUGAACAAAUCGUUAAGAUCGUGGAAAAUAAGAGUGGACAAAUCGCUAAGGUCGUGUCUUCGAAAUCAUUGGAAUUAGGAAAACUCGAUUUCCCGUUACAAGAAAGCAUAGUCAGAAUUCCAAACUCUGGUAGACGCGUAAAGGUAUUAGAAAAAUUUGGUAAAAUUUGGGAACGCAUCGAUAAGAGUACGCAGCACAGAGAAAGCGGAGGAGCCGACAUUUUGAAAAAAAAUUCAAAAAUUAAUUAUCUGAGAAAAAAUAAUCGUGUAAAGUUAAGCACGACCGACGUUUAUGACAGAUUUCGUGGCACUCUUCAGCACACACUGGCUAGAAGAGAAACCAUUCAAGCCCAAAAAGAAUUGAAAAAAGCGUACAAUCCGAAAGUUGAAAACAAUCCAGAUAUGAAACGAAGCCAUGUUUUGGCAAGGAUACGAUACAACAUUCCACCAUCUUAUCGUUUACUGGCCGACUUCGAAGCUCACAAAAGACCUUAUUUACAAACGUAUCCAAAAUCAUCGUCUGUUUCGCCCCUUUCGCGUCCUUUCUCGCCUCCUCCCCCUCCCCUUCCUUCUCCCCUUUCUCCCCCUCCCCCUUCUCCCCCUCCUCCUUCUCUUCCCCCUCCCGCUCCCCCCCUUCCUCCUCCUCUUCCACCUCCACCUUUUCCUGCCCUUCCUCCACCACCAUCUCCAUCAAAUCUGCGACUAAAGCCGAUACCGAAAAGACAACGACAAUGCAGCAUAUGCAAUCGUCCUGUUCAACAAAGCGCAACCUCUUCUUCCGAAUCUCUCAUCGAGGCUUACGAGAAUACUCGAAGGUUUUCUAGUUCGAUUCGAAGGAAAGCUUACGGCCCGUUCUCGUAGCGCGGCGAUCGAUCAAGAGGAGAUUACGUUGCCGUUCAAAUCCAUCCAACGCAGGUGGCUCCCUUUAAGUAAAACGCUUAAACGUAGCAACGAUUAAACUUAAUAUACAUUCCGAUCGAACGAUUGUAAAGAAAAAUGUAAAUACAAGUAGGAAAUAGUGGAAAAAAAUAGAGAAAAAAAAAAAAAAAAAAAAAUGAUAGCUGGUAAUAAAAAUGUUAAUAGAAGAAGAGGAUUGAAGAUAAAGAAAACACAGUCGUACAAUACUUGAUGGUUUAUUUGCCGAGAAGUAAAAUACACAGGCAUUUGUUAUAAUGGUACUGCCGAAGAAUACUUCUUACGUCUCUGUAAUACAUCUAGCGACAAUACAUCGGUACUAAAAAGAGA